AUGCCCUGCCUCUGCUCUUUUAUUUGUUUUCAAAAACAUAAACAAGUAAAUUCGCCUCAAACAGCAGAUGAUGCCUCUAUUAGAUGUUAUAUUCGUAAAGAUAAACCUAUUGAACAAGAAUCAAAUGAAGAUACUUCAAAUAUAACAUGUGAUGAGCUUCUUUCUGAAGCAAUUCUUAGGAAAAUUGAAAAUGAUGAAAUACUACAAAAGCUUAUUAAUGAAUCUAAGCCAUUAAGAGAUAUUCUUCUAGAAAUAUAUGAAAAGAUUCCUUCUAAUAAUAAUAGUCCUUUUUCUGUACCAAAAUUUCUUUUAGAUAGAAUUUCAGAGUUGCGAAACUAUGAAACUAAUAAUCUAUUUUUAUCUUUUAUACAAAGAGUAUUAUAUCUUUCUAACCAAGAAAGAUUUAAUACUUAA